CACCGCCGACGACUCACCGCGUCGUUCCGCCUCCAGCAGCCUCUGCCGUUGCGCGUUGAGCUCCGCGCGCCGCAGCGCACUCUGCACGCGUUGCUGCUCCCAGAUUCGUGCCCGAUGCACGUCCCGCUCCGCUCCGCGCAGUGCGUCCUCGGUGAGCGGCACGUCCGUGUAGAGGCCACCAAACGCCAAUACGCGGCUCUCCGCGGCCUGCAGCAGCACCUCCCGAAGGUCCGCAGCGGCGUUGGUGCACAUCGCCACGGCAACAACUCUGCCUGCGCCGCGCAGAUGCAGUGCGGCGUGGUCACAGCCACGGAGUCAAAGGAACUAGGAAAUAAAACAAGAGGAGGAAAAAAGUAA